AGAAGCAGAAGCACAGUGGGAUUAUGAGCUGUGUGCUGCGCAGAUUGGCCGUUUUGAAUACACCUACCGAGGCGGCUACAUUCAAAACUCCACUUUGUCUAACAGACGUUUUGUGUCUGAGCAAUUUAUUUAUUUUGGUUGGUUGUUUUAAAGUAACCUAAGCUGUAAACAGUGUCUGGUGGCACUGAAAGCAUGUUCUAAAGAGGGGGAAAGGCAUUAUAUUAUCAGUCUUGUAUUAUCCUUCAUGGAUACUUGGGAACUAAAUCCUCACUCAGUGACUCCAGCAGUGAAGGUCCUGGCGAGAUGUGUUGCCUCAGGCACAAUGUCUCAGACAGAGCUUGAUGAUGUACCACGCCGGCCAGAGAUAUUUUCCUCUCAUCUGCUUGAACUUGAGCAACUGAAUAAAAUCAAACAAGAGAUUGACCAGGUGAACUUGGACUUGGAGCUUCUAAGACUUGAGAAAAACUGUGCAGAUGUUACUCAUUGUUAUUAUCUAAGUCAGAGAUUCGCAUCCUUGCAGCAGUUUACGUCUCAUCUUCAGGAAGUGCUGAGAGAACAGACAAGUUUGCGGCAAAGGCUUAUGAAACCUCUUUGCCAGCAGAACCUGCCUAUACAGGCUGAUCUUCAUGGAUACGUCGUCACACUUAUGGCAAUGGUGGUUGAGUUCAUUGAGACUUUGGAAAUGAAAAUGAAGCUGGUUCACUCAAUUCCAACAGCUGAUGAAUCUAUGCGUAAUCUGAAUAGUGGCAUGACUCAGCUCCUGGCUCAAGUCACAGAGGUGGAGAGCCUGACGAAGCAAGUACUUCAGCGGAGUUGCAAGCCAAAGGAUAAAAUGUCUGGCUGAGAAAUGGUAAACGGCAGGGUCCGUCCAAUAAAUGUAUGACGUGUGAAAUGAGUUGUCAUUGUAUUUUCACAUUAAAACUAAUUCAAAAA